GGGGGAGCGGAGCCGCGGGCAGCGCAGGCCGGGCCGCAGCACCCCGUCCGCCGCGCCGCCCGAGCCGCCGAGCCGCGCGCCUGCGUCCCGCCAUGCGCACCAAGUUGCGGGCCGGGGCCCCGGGCCGGCGCGCUAGCGGCGGGCGGCGGGAGAUCGCGUCGGGCCGAGGCCGGGCCUGCUGCGCGCCCCCGCGCGAUCGGCACCGCCACUUGCCUGAGCGCCCGCGGCCCGAGCGCGCCCCAGGCCGGCCGCCGCCGCCGCCGCAGCCCGGCGAGGUCUCUCCGGGACUUUGAGGACACGGCUCCCUGGUGGCAGUUUCUGGUGCCUGUGACAGGGCAGCAGCCCUUGAGCAGAUGACCAGGACUGGCCUUUAAUCCUUGGUGGCGUUAAGAGUUCUUUGGGCUCUGAAGGCCCCCCUGGACCUCCACCACCAUGUCGGGAUCCACACAGCCGGUGACUCAGACAUGGAGGGCCACCGAGCCCCGCUACCCACCCCAUGGCAUUUCCUACCCAGUGCAGAUUGCUCGGCCUCACACGGAUGUGGGACUUCUUGAGUACCAACACCACCCCCGGGACUACGCAUCGCACCUGUCACCCGGCUCCAUUAUCCAGCCGCAGAGGAGGAGGCCCUCGCUGCUGUCUGAGUUCCAGCCGGGGAAUGAACGGUCCCAGGAGCUCCACCUGCGGCCUGAGUCGCACUCCUACCUGCCCGAGCUGGGCAAGUCAGAGAUGGAGUUCAUGGACAGCAAACGUCCACGCCUAGAGCUGCUGCCCGACCCCCUGCUGCGGCCAUCACCCCUGCUGGCUGCGGGUCAGCCCGGUGGAUCUGAGGACCUCACCAAGGACCGCAGCCUGACAGGCAAGCUGGAGCCUGUGUCCCCGCCCAGUCCCCCGCACGCCGACCCAGAGCUGGAGCUGGCGCCACCCCGGCUGUCCAAGGAGGAGCUGAUUCAGAACAUGGACCGUGUUGACCGUGAGAUCACCAUGGUGGAGCAGCAGAUCUCCAAGCUGAAGAAGAAGCAGCAACAGCUGGAGGAGGAGGCUGCCAAGCCACCCGAGCCUGAGAAGCCUGUGUCACCGCCGCCCAUCGAGUCCAAGCACCGAAGCCUGGUGCAGAUCAUCUAUGACGAGAACCGGAAGAAGGCCGAGGCUGCACAUCGGAUCCUGGAGGGCCUGGGGCCUCAGGUGGAGCUGCCACUGUACAACCAGCCCUCGGACACCCGGCAGUACCAUGAGAACAUCAAAAUAAACCAGGCGAUGCGGAAGAAGCUGAUCCUGUACUUCAAGCGGAGGAACCACGCGCGCAAGCAAUGGGAGCAGAAGUUCUGCCAGCGCUAUGACCAGCUCAUGGAGGCCUGGGAGAAGAAGGUGGAGCGCAUCGAGAACAACCCGCGGCGGCGGGCGAAGGAGAGCAAGGUGCGGGAGUACUACGAGAAGCAGUUCCCUGAGAUCCGCAAGCAGCGCGAGCUGCAGGAGCGCAUGCAGAGCAGGGUGGGCCAGCGUGGCAGCGGGCUCUCCAUGUCGGCUGCCCGCAGCGAGCAUGAGGUGUCUGAGAUCAUUGAUGGCCUCUCGGAGCAGGAGAACCUGGAGAAGCAGAUGCGCCAGCUGGCUGUGAUCCCGCCCAUGUUGUACGACGCCGACCAGCAGCGGAUCAAGUUUAUCAACAUGAACGGGCUGAUGGACGACCCCAUGAAGGUGUACAAAGACCGUCAGGUCAUGAAUAUGUGGAGCGAGCAGGAGAAGGAGACCUUCCGGGAGAAGUUCACGCAGCAUCCCAAGAACUUUGGCCUGAUCGCCUCGUUCCUAGAGAGGAAGACAGUGGCCGAGUGUGUCCUCUAUUACUACCUGACCAAGAAGAAUGAGAACUACAAGAGCCUGGUGAGAAGAAGCUAUCGACGCCGUGGCAAGAGCCAGCAGCAGCAGCAGCAACAGCAGCAGCAACAGAUGGCACGGACCAGCCAGGAGGAGAAGGAGGAGAAGGAGAAGGAGGUCGAAAAGGAGGAGGAGAAGCCGGACGUGGACAACGACAAGGAGGAGCUCAAGGAGAAGACUGAUGACACAUCCGGAGAGGACAACGAUGAGAAGGAGGCAGUGGCCUCCAAAGGCCGCAAAACCGCCAACAGCCAGGGACGGCGCAAAGGCCGAAUCACCCGCUCCAUGGCCAAUGAGGCCAACAACGAGGAGGCCGUCACCCCGCAACAGAGCGCUGAGCUGGCCUCUAUGGAGAUGAAUGAGAGUUCACGCUGGACAGAAGAAGAGAUGGAGACAGCCAAGAAAGGUCUCCUGGAGCAUGGCCGGAACUGGUCGGCCAUCGCGAGGAUGGUGGGCUCCAAGACCGUGUCCCAGUGUAAGAACUUCUAUUUCAACUACAAGAAGCGGCAGAACCUGGACGGGAUCCUGCAGCAGCACAGGCUAAAGAUGGAGAAGGAGAGGAACGCGCGCCGGAAGAAGAAGAAGACGCCAGCCGCAGCCAGUGAGGAGGCUGCCUUCCCGCCUGUGGCUGAGGACGAGGAAAUGGAGGCGUCGGGUGGGAGCGGGAACGAGGAGGAGAUGGCCGAGGAGGCAGAAGCCUUACACACCUCUGGGAAUGAGGUGCCCAGAGGGGAGUGCAGUGGCCCAGCCGCCAUCAACAACAGCUCGGACACUGAGAGCAUCCCCUCUCCACGCACUGAGGCCACCAAGGACACAGGGCAGAAUGGGCCUAAGCCCCCAGUCACAGACGGGCCCCCAGCCACCGAGCCACCCACCUCUCCCCCAGAGGAUGCUGUGGCCCCUGCUGAGCCUGCCCUGGACCCCGAAGCCAGUGGCCCACCCACGCCCCCACCGGCUCCCCCGUCACCUGGUACAGCCCCUCCUGUGGUCCCCAAGGAGGAAAAAGAAGAGACGGCAUCCACAGGGCCCCCAGUGGAGGAGGGGGAGGAGCUGAAGCCCCCUGUGGCUGAGGAGCUGGCCCUGGACACAGGGAAGGCAGAGGAGCCACGGGCAGCCCCAGAGGAGCCAGUCAAAAGCAUCAAGAGCGAGUGCAAAGAAGAGGCAGAGGUGGAGGAGGAGGGGGGCGUGGACAAGGGCAAGGGUGCCGAGGUUGGCCCUGAGGCUAUCCCUGAGGGUCCACUCAAGGUGGAGACGAAAGACGCUGGGAGCAGCAAGGCCACUGCGGUCAAGGGCUCAGGUGCCCCCCAGGACAGCGACUCGAGUGCCACCUGCAGUGCUGAUGAGGUGGAUGAGCCUGAGGGAGGUGACAAGAACAGGCUGCUGUCCCCGAGGCCCAGCCUCCUCACCCCGACCGGUGAUCCCAGGGCCACUGCCUCACCCCAGAAGCCGCUGGACCUGAAACAGCUGAAGCAGCGGGCAGCCGCCAUCCCCCCCAUCGUCACUAAGGUCCAUGAGCCCUCCCGGGAGGAUACAGCACCCCCAAAGCCAGCUCCCACUGCCCCACCAACACCACAGCACCUACAGCCGGAGAGUGACACACCUCAGCCACCCAGUAGCAGCCCCCGGGGCAAGAGCAGGAGCCCUGGGCCUCCUGCCGAGAAGGAGGCAGAGAAGCCCCCAUUCUUCCCAGCCUUCGCCACCGAGGGCCCAAAGCUGCCUGCCGAGCCCCCACGUUGGACUUCAGGCCUGCCCUUCCCAGUGCCGCCUCGGGAGGUGAUCAAGGCUUCACCGCAUGCCCCAGACCCCUCAGCUUUCUCCUACGCACCUUCUGGUCACCCGCUGCCUCUGGGCCUCCAUGACAGUGUCCGGCCCAUGCUGCCACGCCCCACCACCAUCUCCAACCCUCCUCCCCUCAUCUCCUCCACCAAGCACCCCAGCGUCCUCGAGCGGCAGAUGGGCGCCAUCUCCCAGGGAAUGUCGGUCCAGCUCCACGUCCCAUACUCUGAGCACGCCAAGGCCCCAGUGGGUCCCAUCACCAUGGGGCUGCCUAUGACCAUGGACCCCAAGAAGCUAGUGCCCUUCAGCGGAGUGAAACAGGAGCAGCUUCCACGCGGCCAGGCCGGGCCACCUGAGAGCCUUGGGGUGCCAAGCCAGGAGACAUCUGUGCUGAGAGGGACAGCCCUGGGCUCUGCUCCAAGCGGGAGCAUCACAAAGGGCCUCCCUGGCCCUCGGGCACCUGCGGACAGCCCCAGCUCCUACCGCGGCUCCAUCACCCACGUAGGUGUCCGGCUAUGGUGAGAGGAUGGGCAGGGGGCAGCCAGCAGAUGCUCAUUCAUCUGGUCUGUGUGGGAGACCAGGCUUGGGGUGCCCAGCAAGGAGCAGGGGUGUGGCUAGAGGCAGCAGCACACACAGGCAGGUAAUGGCUGAGGACAGGUGACAUCAGAGGACCAAGUACUGUAGAUCAGUCACAUACCAUGAUGGAAAGUAAGGUACAGU